UACCGACGGAUGCACUGCGUUGCCUCUUGUGAACUGUAUUGCCAACAUAAUCAGCUGUGCUUAUAUGUGUGAAGGAUUUUUGUUAACAUUGGUGAAAUUUAUUGCAAAUAUUAAAUGGAUUCUGUGGCUUUUUUUAUUAAUUUCGAUGAAAACACCAGGAGUGAUAUGCGACGGACUAGAAGGAAAGUCAGGGAUAAUGUUGUGAAUGUAUUCGAGUUGCCGGAUGAGGUAUUUGUAAAACAGUUCCGGCUUAACAAGUUAGCAUUCAAGUACGUUUUGGAAAUAUUAAUGCAGAAAUUGCCUCCAGUUCGAAGAUCAUGUUCCAUAACGCCAGAGCUUAAAUUAGAAGCCUGUUUAUGGUUUUUAGCUGAAGGGGGCUAUCAGAAUGAUACUGGCCAAGAUUUUAAUAUUGGCAUGGCGCAAUCCACAGUAUCUGUAGUACUCUCUGAUGUACUAAACAUCUUAGAAGCCACUUUAUGUCCCAGAUGGAUUACUUUAUCAAUGACAUACAAUGAAAAACUUGAAGCGAAGAUAUUUUUUCGAAAAAACUAGAAUUCCUGGAAUUGUCAUGUGUGUAGACGGUACUCACAUAAAAAUUCUUAAAUNCAGCUGCAGGCAA